GAACGAUGAUCCUUCAACAGCGACGUGUCUUAGAUAGCGAUGUGUCUUAGAUAGCGACGAGCCUUCAAUGGCGGUGAGCCUUCCACAGUGGCGGACCUUCCACGGCGGUGAGCAUUAAGGGCGGCGAGCCUUCAACCAUAGCAGUAGCGAGCCUUUGAUGAUACUGAGAAAGGAAUGUAAUGAAGCCUAUUUUGGUCCCUCUUUUCGGAGGGUUUGUUCAAAGUGGUCCUUCCUUUUUUUAAAAAUUCACUUUAGUCCUACCUUUCGUAAAAACUGUUCAAGUUGAUCCUUUUUGGUAACGGCGUUAAGUUCACUAACGGUAGAACUGCCAGGUGUGCAAUGUUUGAUGACUUGGAACCUUUUAUAUGUGUUGGCAGUGUCACUUCAUUAUAUGGGUUAAAAAAAAAAUUAAUUUCUCAACCAGAAACCCUAGGGAGAGUUUGCUUCCCACUGCCUCUCACUGAUUUGCCGCUGCAACAGGCCUCCACCCAACCAGCCACCGCGAGUUGUGGCACAAGGCGUCGCCGGUGCUGACGUUCGUUGCCGAUCGAGGUGAGAGUUCCCCUCUUCCGCCGCUCGUCGCGCGAUCGCUGCCACAAUCUCUGCCGGCCACCGCACCAAGGUGCCUCUUCCUUCUCCUCUUCGCGCGAGGUUCUCCCUGCGCCUCGUCUUAAGACGUUGAUGCCAGAAAGGGUCGCCACUCCAAUGCCGGCGAUAAAACUCCUCUUCCUCUGUUAUGCGAAGUCGAAGGUCAGGAUUCAUUCGGAAUUGCGUCAUAGGAAUGUUGUAGAACUUUGUGACUGGUAUAAGACUUCUCAUCACACAGGUUUGAUUUUAGAGCACUGCGUUGGAGGUGAUUUGCUCACCAUCUUACAACAAUUGCACAAGGAUAGUAUGCUUUCCGAAGAGUCUAUUCAUGACCUUGCGUAUGACAUGGUCAAAGCUUUACAGUUUUUACAUUCAAAAGGAAUCAUUCACUGUAAUAUCAAACCAUCGAAUAUUCUAUUCGAUGAAUAUGGAUGCGCAAAGUUAUGUGAUUUUGGAUCGGCAAAAGAGUUGAAAAAUAUAUCAACUCAUUCUUCCUCGGUACCACUUGCAAAACGCGGAACACCCUGUUACAUGGCUCCGGAACUUUUUGAAGAUGUUGGAAUCUAUUCAUACGCAUCAGAUUUAUGGGCGCUAGGCUGUGUCUUAUAUGAGUGUUUUGCAAGAAGACCGCCCUUUAUGGCAAGAGAAUAUAAUAAUAUAAAAUCCAUUCUUUCAGAUCCUAUUCCACCUCUUUGUGGUCAUCCCAGUCAACAUUUUGUUGAUUUAAUCAAUUCACUGUUGGUAAAGAAUCCAGCAGAAAGAAUACAGUGGCCUGAACUUUGUGCACAUCCCUUCUGGAGAAGGGAAAUUCCUCCUGUGGCUCUGCCUGCAUUUGAUUUUAAUGAGAAUGCCGAGAAUGCCGAGAAUGCCGAAGAUGAAGCUGCUCAACCUGAAGAUAUGGCAAACCUUGAUUUCAAUGAGAAUUCCGAGAAUGCCGAAGAUGAAGCACAUGCUGUUAUUACAGUUUCAAUACCAUCUCACCAGGAUCAGAGGCAGGAUCAGAGGCAGGAUCAGGGGCAGGAUCAGAGGCAGGAUCAGAGGCGUCAUACUGAAGAGUCAUUGCCUCUUUUUUUGGUAAAAUUUUUUAUUAGAGGUAUGAUUGAAGGUAUCUUUCAAAUCGCGGGUCAAGUAAUAGGGAGCAUGUCUCCGAAAAAUGAUUACCGCCCAAGAAUAUUGAGAGAUAUACUGUUUACCAUAUCAGGUUUUGUUUGGCUCCUUCCCAGUGAGUUUAUUAAGUACGCCUUAAAGGACCAGAAUGCGAGGGAGAAGAAACGGAAAUUCUCAUAUGGUAUUCUAGCCUUGAUGACAGGACGUCUUUUGAUGACAGGAUGUCUUCUGAGUCUAUCUGUUUUAAUUUCAGCACUGCUUUGAGCUUCGAAGAACAAAAUGUUCGGCUUCUCUAGUAGGCAUAUGAAACUUGGCAGGUGAAAAUAUUUCUUUUACCUUCUUUCUAAUUUGAAAUUUCUUUUCAUACACCUGGAGGUGGUGAGGAUAGCACUAGUUCUUUAAGGGUAAGGGUAUACUUGGGAAACAACUAAAAUAAGUGCUUAUUGAAUAAGUAUCAUGUAAGUGUUUAUGUUAUCAAGAAUUAACCGACUUUCAAAGCCGAAAGGGACUACAUUUUUUCUGCGCGGUUUCUUUUACACUGAAAUUAUAAUAACACAAAUCCAAAAUCUCAUAAUUAAACCCAAAUCCUAGCAGCAAACCCAGAUUCCAAAACUUUAUUUUUUGUUCUCCUUGAUAAAAAAAUAUUUUUUUUUGUCAACUUUACAUCACUUCACCGUCUUGUAUGCUUAUAUGGAUAAUAACUAUAGCAGCCAGAACUCAAAUCUUAACAGCACCAAGUGAUUGCAGCAAAAGUGAAGAGAAAUGGUGUAGAAUGAGUUGGAGAAAUGAGCAGGAUGGAUUAGAGUAACAGAGAGAGGCAGAA